UUUCGUUUCAGUCAAAUGAUGUAGUUUGACCACGCCCACUGAAGUGACUGGAGCUUCCCCGGUUCUUCAAGGUUCACUCAUAUUACUUCCCGUGUGAGAGACGAGUGCUGAAUUGUUUGCAGCAGAUUUUAUACCUGCAUGCAAACGUGGAGUUUAGUCUGGACUUACUGAACUACUGGAAAUAAGAGAUCAUGUCAGCUUUCGGUUUCCUCGCUUCGUUGCCAGAGGAUCAUUUCGUCUGUACGAUCUGCCUGAACGUCUUCAGUGACCCGGUCACUACACCUUGCGGUCACAACUUUUGCAGGACCUGCCUCAGUCAGCACUGGGACAGAAGUGAGUUAUGCCACUGUCCAACGUGCAGUAAAAGAUUCUAUGUGAGGCCUGAGUUCUCCACAAACACAGUCAUCGCAGAGAUUUCAGGCCAAAUCAAGAAGAGGAAGGUGGAGACACUUGAAGAUGUGGCUGCACCGGGAAAAGUGGCGUGCGACGUGUGCGCUGAUUUAAAGUUCAAGGCCUUGAAGUCUUGCCUGGUGUGUCAGACGUCGUACUGCGAAGCCCAUCUAGAGCCUCACCAGAGAGUUCCCUCUUUAAUGAGACACAAGCUGAUUGAGCCGGUGGAGAAUCUGGAGGAGAGGAUGUGCAGGAAGCACGAGAGGAUAAUGGAGUUUUUCUGCAGAGAUGAUCAGGUGUGCAUCUGUCUGCUGUGCAGUGAGACAGACCACAAAGACCACAAGACAGUUACUGUUGAAGAAGAAGGGGCUCAGCAGAGAGAAAAUAUUGAGUCCCAAAAAGCAAAAAUCAAACUGAUGAUUGAGGAGAGGAUGGAAAAGAUAAACGAAUUUAAUGAGGGCUCCGAACUGCGGAAGGUAAAAGCAGACCAAGAGAUUGAGGAGAGCAAUACACUAUUCAGUAACCUGAUAAACCAAGUUGAAGAGAUGCAGACUAAACUACGAUCAAACAUUCGAGUCAAGCUCAGAAAGUCACAAGAGAAAGACGAAGCAGUAAUUCAAGAGUUGCAUGACGAAAUCGCAGAACUGGAGAGAAAACACUCAGAACUGGACGAGCUUUCACAAAAUGAGGACCACCUGUGGCUCUUACAGACUUUGAAGGCUCUGAGCAAUAUUUCAGCCUCCAAGGAUUGGUCCAAGAUCAAGGUUUACUCAGACUUGUGUGUGCAGACGGCGAGGAGAGCCAUGGCUCAUCUUGUGCACACUUUCAAAACUGAACUGAAAACUCUCACAAAAGCAGAACUGACCAGGAUGAGGCAAUAUAAAGAAUCAGUCACCUUUAACCCUUCCACUGCCGGUGAGGGCCUUGUGGUGACAGAAUCUGGGAAACGUCUGAAGUACUUCAGAGCAGCAAGCCCCUCGUCUGAUGACUUUGGGAGGUUUGACUGUCCCAUGGUGUUUGGGACGAAGGGCUUCACCUCUGGCCGGCACUACUGGGAAGUCCAAGUGGGCCUGAGAAACAACUGGGAUGUGGGUGUUGCCAAGGAAACUGUAAACAGAUCAAGGGUUGUUUUGAAAAGGGAAAAUGGAUUCUUUGCCAUAGGAAAACGGGGGUUUGAUUAUGAAGUUCACUGCACACCCUACACGGUUCUCUACCUUUGCCCUAGGCCAAGGUUAAUAGGAGUAUAUCUGGACUAUGAAGAAGGCAGAGUCUCGUUUUUUGACGUGAAUGAGAACUUGCAUAUUUAUUCAUUCACAGGGGAGUCUUUCACAGAGAAACUCUUCCCAUACUUUUAUCUACACAGUAGGGCAAAGAAAUCUGAGCCUUUACUUAUCAGGGAUUGUCUUUAUUUCUAGUUCACUUCAUUCAACAAUCAAAAUGAUAAAUGAAUAAUAAGGUCAAAGUUUACAUCUCAGAUGAGUGCUGCGCAAUCUGAACAUCAAUAAAAGGUAAUCGGAAAUGACCAAUUUAAGAUUAAUAAUUAACACCGACUGUUUCCUGUUGCCUUUUCUGCACAUUGUGAUAAACACUGACAGAGAUAAAAGAACCACUUACAAUUCAUUCACAAUAUCAGGCUAUGAAACAUGCAAAUUAUGUUUUAAAUAUGCACUUGUAGAGUGCGUUCACAGUAUAUGAGAAACAAAUCAGUAUUGUGUCUGUUUCAUUCAGAGCUUUCAUUCAACGAAACUUGAUAGACUUAAAUCCAUUUUUUGUUAUUACGCAUCCUGUUUAUUUAGCUGUACUCAUAUCACAUCACAGCAUUUACACUCGAGUGGGGUCAAAAUCUUCGUAGGAUCUCCCGAAUACAGCACCAUGUAUGGUAGUCACCACAGCCGCUUCUGUAAAAACAGGAACUUUAUGGUGCAUUUAAUUGUACCCUGUAAACCCUGUGAAUGGCUAGGAGGUUUGUUUAAUAGAGAAAGGAUUUUUCUUUUCUUUUUUUAGAUAUUUACUUUCAAUGUUCUUUUUCUGCGGGGUUUUUUUUUUUUUUGUUAAUGCAUAGAUGUAAUAACAUUGUCAAGCACAAACUUUGGCAUAAUCUUAUAUAAGUAAGGAGUAAACAGUGAUAAAUAGCUAUAACUUAUUUAAAAUGAAGGCAAACAGCUUAAAAUGUAAAGAUAUUAUCAUUUGCAGUACCUUACAAAUUAUUAAGUAAAUCUGGCAGGAAAGAAACACAUUUAUCUAAGUCUGUUAUGUUUAAUUAUUUUGGGCUUUUCUCAUGAGAGUUUAUGGGCUGUACGGACAGGGCCUGAGUUUAUGGGUGUAUGCUGUCCAGGAGGGCCAGCCCCUUUCCUAGCAGUGGUGGGUGUGUCUAUCUCUAUGUCAGGAGAACUAAGUGAGCAGAGUGUAGCUCAGUGCUGUUAGACCCUCAGGAUACACAAGCUGGCAGUUACAAAAGAAUUGUAAGUAUGUUUAUGAAUUAUUUCUUUACUUUCUGGUAUUUUAAAGAAAGCUUUUGACCAUUACAUGAGAUUUCUGUGGAGGUACACAGCUGAGUUGAACUUGUUUACAUUGUUCAUAGGUCAUGUAAGUGGUGAAUGAGUCAUUUUCAUGUUAUGCACUCUUACUCUCUCACGAUCAGAAG